CUCUAGUCUCCCCGUCUUCUACCCUUGACGUCAGUGGGAAUUUCGAUCAGCUGCGGGGGUCAGUGGGAAGUCACCACUUGCCUCUCUGGGAAGCUCGGCAGGAUACAGUGCUGGAGAUGCCAUUCACCAUCACGACUCAAGAGGGAGAUGUGUGGGACAAUGGCUUCUACUGAAGGCAUUGUACAAGGUGCACGCCAGUGCCUGCAUCGGAACAAUGCCGGGAACGCCAUCGGCUAUUAUACGUCGGAGCUUGAAUACGUCGGGUCGGUCGGAUCUGGGGGCGGCAGUCGGAAGAGUCGUAUAGAGUAGAGCAACACCCCACGCUCGGGCAUAUCAGUACCACACACUGUAGGACAGCAGCAUCUCUGUCAUCACCAUCAUCUUAAUCUACACCUCAUAUCCAUACAACUGUCUCCAAUGGCUCACCUCUUCCGCACACAAGGGCGCAAGAUCAUCGCCAUCGGCCGGAAUUUUGCCGAACACGCAAAGGAGCUCAACAAUGCCGUUCCCACUGAGCCCUUUUUCUUCUUGAAGCCCACCACCAGCUACGUCGACAAUGGCGGCAAAAUUGAGAUCCCACAAGGAGUUGUGGCUCAUUUCGAGGUGGAGCUAGGAGCCGUCAUCGGCAAGACUGGCCGUGACAUUCCCGCUUCAGACGCAAUGUCCUACGUAGCAGGCUAUGCCCUCGCCAUUGACAUGACUGCUCGCAACAUGCAAGACAAGGUCAAGAAAGCCGGUCUUCCUUGGUCUGCCGCAAAAGGCUUCGAUUCCUUUACACCCAUCUCCUCCUUCUUGCCCCCUUCGGAAAUCAAGGAUCCACAUAAUGUCCGUUUGUGGUUGAAGACGAAUGGAAAGACGAGACAGGAUGGGAAUACAAAGGAUAUGAUCUUUCAGCUUCCUAGGCUCAUUGAGCACGUGAGCAGUAUUAUGACCGUGGAGGAGGGAGAUCUGAUCCUUACUGGCACACCAUCCGGCGUAGGUCCCACCGAGCCCGGAGAUGAGCUCACCGCUGGCCUCGAGACGGUCGAAGAGGGCGGCAAGCAGGGUCGCGUGCUUGCAGAACUCAAAUUCGCAGUGGAGCAGAGGUCGGGGGGAUACCACUUCAAGCCUUGAGAAACCGACCAUGGGGACAAGGAAAGCGAUAGGGAUGGGAAGACUUGACUUGCUGCUCCGGGUGUCAGGGUACAAGGCGACUUGGCUGAAUGUAUGAGUCGAUUCUAGUCACAAUUGACCCACGUACUAGAAUGGAAUGCAGCGGAGGUCACACAAGCGGGCAGUCGUGAGAUGAUGUGGUGAGAAGCGUGUUGCAAUUGUAUGUUACAAGGUAUGACGAAUGUUGAUGAUGAUGGUGAUGGUGGUGAUGACACUACGCCGAAACCCUUCUAUAAUGAGCGCAAAGGGAGGGUAAGGUCUGCUCCCCCCUGCUCCUCUAGUCUAUGUCGAAAGUCUGGACCGCUCCCUUUCCCUGUGACUGUCCCGCUCUGUCUCCCGUCCGCUGAGUCCUGUCCCU